AGCAGGUGAUGAACCAGCUCAACUACUAUCCUGCACCAUGUGAGCUCGAGUAUAUCACCAAUUCUGCGAUUACCGCCUGCGAUGGAAUGGACGGACUCGCCGAUGGCGUAUUGUCCUCCCCGAACAGAUGCGACUUCGACGCCACGACGCUCAUCGGCCAACUCAACGGAUGUAGCGGGGGUCAGACGCAGGUCACAUCACAAGCGGCUCAAAUUGCCAUGGCCGCUUGGUCCGGACCCACCUCGACGGGAGGACAUCGUCUUUGGCCCGGUCUGAACCGGGAUGCAGCACUUGCGGGACUGCCAGGCCUGACCACGGCAGAAACAAAUUGUUCGAGCGGAACCUCUCAAUGUGAAGGCGUGCCCUUCAGUGUCGCGGAGAAAUGGAUCCGUCUAUUUGUCGAAAAGGAUACAGAUUUCGAUAUCAAAGGGAUGAGCCAAGCGGAUUACGAGCUCAGCUUCGAAAAGUCACUCUCACAGUAUGAUGACAUAAUCGGGACAUCGAGUCCCGAGCUCUCUGCAUUUCGAAACUCCGGCGGCAAGAUCCUCAGCUGGCACGGACUCGCCGAUCAGUUGAUUCCACCAAACGGCACGGCAGGGUAUUACGACCGCGUCUUUCGACAGGAUCGAAAGGUCCACGACUUCUACCGUCUCUUCUUCGCCCCGGGGACGCGACACUGCCAAGCCGGUGCCGGUCCGUAUCCAUACGACAGCCUUGAUGCGUUGGUGGACUGGGUCGAGCACGGCAAGGCGCCUGACGUGCUGGUCGCCACAAAGCGCCCUGGUGAUGAUGCUGUUACAAGACUUCUAUACCCUUAUCUACUCAAAUGAAAUUUUGAAGAUAGACAUUCAGACAAUACGUUUAGCCAUC